GGUUUGUUCAUGUUUGGGAUCCAGGAGAGCAUCCAGAGAAGCGGCAGCAGCCUGAAGGAGGAGCCGCUGGGAGGAAUGAACACUGUCCGGAGCUGGAUGCAGGGGGGCGGCGUGCUGGACGCCAACACAGCCGCCCAGAGUGGAGUGGGUCUGGCCCGGGCUCACUUUGAGAAGCAGCCGCCCUCAAACCUCCGCAAGUCCAACUUCUUCCACUUCGUCCUGGCUCUGUACGACCGGCAGGGCCAGCCGGUGGAGAUCGAGAGGACCAACUUCGUGGACUUCAUCGAGAAAGAAAAAGAGUCGAGCGGAGAAAAGACCAAUAACGGGAUUCAUUACCGGCUGCAGCUUCUGUACAGUAACGGCAUCAGAACAGAACAGGACUUUUACGUUCGACUCAUAGACUCCAUGACUAAACAGCCCAUCAUUUAUGAAGGCCAAGACAAGAACCCUGAGAUGUGCAGAGUGCUACUCACACACGAGAUCAUGUGCAGUCGAUGCUGUGACAAGAAGAGCUGCGGAAACCGUAAUGAGACACCUUCAGACCCCGUUAUCAUCGACAGAUUCUUCCUCAAGUUUUUCCUCAAGUGCAACCAGAACUGCUUAAAAAAUGCAGGAAACCCCCGAGACAUGAGGAGAUUCCAGGUGGUGGUAUCGACUACGGUGAGCGUGGAGGGACAUGUCCUGUCAGUCUCGGACAACAUGUUCGUCCACAACAACUCUAAACAUGGCCGACGGGCCCGCAGACUCGACCCUGUGGAAGGAACGCAGUCUUACCUAGAACAUGGAUCGGCUCCCUGCAUUAAAGCCAUCAGUCCCAGCGAGGGCUGGACCACAGGUGGCGCAACAGUCAUCAUCAUAGGAGACAACUUCUUUGAUGGUCUCCAAGUGAUCUUUGGUACCAUGUUGGUGUGGAGCGAGUUGAUCACGCCGCAUGCCAUCCGGGUCCAGACGCCUCCUAGACACAUCCCCGGGGUCGUCGAGGUCACGCUGUCUUACAAGUCCAAACAGUUCUGCAAAGGCACACCAGGAAGGUUCAUAUACACAGCACUAAAUGAGCCAACCAUCGACUAUGGUUUCCAGAGGCUUCAAAAGGUCAUUCCUCGACACCCCGGGGACCCCGAGAGGCUGCCAAAGGAGGUUAUUUUGAAAAGAGCAGCUGAUCUGGUAGAAGCCCUCUACGGUUUGCCCCAUAAUAACCAAGAGAUCAUUCUAAAGCGUGCGGCGGACAUCGCAGAAGCGCUCUACAGCGUUCCACGUGGGCAUACCCAGCUCUCAGGCUCAACCCACGGCGGAAUGAUGGGAGUCAAUUCCUUUACCGGACAGCUGUCUGUCAAUGUCUCCGAACCCACACAGGCUAAUCAGGGUUUUGUGCGCAGCAGCAGUAGUGUGUCUCCUCACGGUUACGUGCCCAGCUCCACACCUCAACAGACCGGUUACACCUCAGUCACCAGCACCAUGAAUGGCUACGCCAACAACACCGGAAUGACCAACCUGGGAGGCUCGCCCACUUUCCUCAAUGGCUCUGCAGCCAACUCGCCUUAUGCCAUUGUCCCAUCCAGUCCCACAAUGGCCUCCUCCACCUCCCUCCCCUCCAACUGCUCCUCCUCCUCUGGAGUCUUCUCCUUCUCUCCGGCCAACAUGGUGUCAGCGGCCGUUAAGCAGAAAUCAGCCUUUGCUCCAGUGGUCAGGCCCUCCUCCUCCCCUCCACCCUCCUGUACCAGCGCCAACGGCAAUGGGCUCCAAGAUCAAACAUUUGUGGACUCUAGCAAGUACUCAACAGCCAGCUCUCUACAAGGCCUGGCCUUCACCUGAACCAUCCCUGGAAUGAUCGUCCCACCCAUGUAAAGGUGUGAGUGUGUGAGUGUGUGAGUGUGUGUGUGUGUGUGUGUGUGUGUGUGUGUGCGUGUGUGCGUGUGUGUGUGUGUGUGUGUGUGUGUGUGUGUGUGUGUUUGGUGGAGGAUUUUGGUGCGAGUCAGACUCCGGUCGGGGAUGGAAGAAGCUGUCCCGAUCUGAAGAAACAAA